UUGACUGAAGAAGAUACGGGUAGCGGUAGAUAUGUUAUCGAAGGUCGUGUAUAUCCACCAGAAGAUCAGGACUUAACAAAUUGGCAAGUAGAAACAAGAAUUCACGUAAAUGGUGGUGAAUACAUCGGGUUCGUUAAGGAGGAUGGAUCAUUCACAAUACAUAACAUUCCUACGGGAUCAUAUGUUGUGGAAGUCGUCAAUCCUGACUACAUGUAUGAACCAGUACGUGUAGAGAUCAACUCCAAAGGUAAAUACAGAGCCAGAAGAGUCAAUUACAUUCAAACAUCGCAAGUUAUCCAGGUACCAUACCCACUAAGAAUGAAAGCAUUGUCUAAAUUUCGAUAUUUCCAAAUACGUGAACAGUGGCGACUAACUGAUUUCCUAUUCAAUCCUAUGGUGAUUAUGAUGAUUCUCCCACUGCUUCUUAUUAUGGUUUUGCCCAAAAUGAUGAAUGACCCUGAGACAAAGGAGGACUUGAAACAAAUAACAAAUUUGGCAAAAAUGUCAGAAAUGCCUGAAAUGUCUGAAGUGAUAACAAAUUUGUUUAGUGGGGGCUCCACAGCUAAACCUUCAACUUCCAAGUCUAAACAAAUCAAAAAGCGACAAUAG